GUUUUAUUGUGUUGUUAUUUUCAGCAUUGAUAUUAUUUGUGCCUAGUUAUUUCUUACUAUUGUGCAAGCUGAUUAUUUAAGUUCAUUAUUGUUCCUUAAUUCUUAUGCACACUGUUUUGAUCUUAAUAUUCAUGCUUGAUUUCUAGGCUCAUAAUAUUUGAUCUAAAACCCUGAUUUGGUAAGAUAGGACUGUCACGUUAGUCGAGGAUCUUUGAUCACCCUUUAGCGUUGGAGGGCUGUCUAUUGCAGCAACCCGCUAUUUUGAGAGCAAUAUUUUAAUAUAAACAAUCAUGUUUAUUUGUUUAAUCUGCCUUCUUCAUCUACCUGCCAUGUUUAAUUUGCAAAUGGAUUUGAGUAGCUAUAUUACAUGUUUUCAUGUCCUGGAAUUGCUACUGUUCAUUGCUGUUAUAAUUACAUAUGACAUUUAUCUGAGUUAUAUGCUUGUUUUAUUCGGAAUUAGUAUAUGUAAUCUAUUUAAAUAUGUAGAAAGCAUGUCACUUAUUCCUCUAAAUUUACAACAAUCCAGAAAACCAACUCCUAUUAUGGCCUCCAGUUCGGAUGUCAUUAAGCCUGAAGCGUUCGACGGCGCAAGCUUUAAGCGCUGGCAGAUUAAGACUCGCAUGUGGCUCACUGACCUAAAAUUAUUUUGGGUAGUGACAUCGGCUGUUCCCCAGGCUGCAUCAGAUGAUUCUGAUGAUGCAGCGAAGGCCGCCGCACUAGCGGAGAAGGCCAAGUGGGAUGAAGCCAAUGAGGCAUGUUUGUCUCGUCUGCUGAACGUCUUGUCGAACCGCUUAUUUGACGUGUACUCUCGUUUUACCUCCGCCAAGGGUCUAUGGACUGAACUUGAGAACGAGUUCUCUGAAGUUGACAAUGGCAAUGAGUCAUUCACAACGGAAAACUACCUCAACUAUAAAAUGGUUGAGGGAAGGUCUGUUAUGGAGCAGCUACAGGAGAUUCAACUCCUUGUUAGGGACUUGGUCCAAUAUGGUUGCGUCCUACCAGACAGUUUUCAGGUGAAUGCAAUACUGGCAAAGCUCCCGCCUUCUUGGCGAGACUUUGUGACUUCACGCCGCCACAUGAAGAAGCAAUUGACUCUCACUGAGUUGUCAGCUGCGAUUAAUGUGGAAGAGCGUGCAAGGUCCAGUAACAAGCUAUCCCAGCAACUCCAGGCUCACGUUGUUGAGAAGGGUGGAGAUAGAAAAUUCCAGAAGAAGAAGAACUCUCCACAGAAGAAUAUGAACCAACCUAAGUCCAAAAAGAUGAAGAAGAAAAAGGAGGACUUUAUCUGCUACGUUUGUGGUGUCUCCGGGCAUACAGCUCGGAGAUGCAAACUCAGGAAGGGAAAAGGUCCUCCACCUCAGCGCAAAGAAGGGAACGUGGUGGUUAACUCCACCCCAGGGGAUACAACAGCGCACCAGUCUUGAUGGGAAAUGGUGUUCCGGCAGCAGUUCGAGGUACUGGACAGGUCUACCUGAAGUUAACUUCAGGAAAGACGCUCGUGCUGAAGGACGUACUCUAUGUGCCAUCGAUGAGCCGGAACCUCAUUUCAGUGUCGCUGCUAUGUCGACAGGGUCUCAAAUUAGUGUUUGAGUCUAAUAAAGUGGUCCUGUCUAAGUUUGGUACUUUUGUUGGAAAGUCAUAUGAGUCAGGCGGUUUGUUCUGUCUUUCUGUUUUGAAUAAUCAUUCUUCUUACCAUGUUAAUGUGGUCUGUAAUAACGAUUCCAUUAAUAAUAUAUGGCAUUCCCGU